AUGCUCAAAAUAAGCUUGUUUGCAUAUUUGUUGAUAACUGUGGAGUUUCAUAAUCCAGCUUUCACACUGGAACUAAAUGAAUCUAAUUUGAAAUUAGUAUUUGCGAUUGUUCGAAAUGGUGAGCAUUAUCCUGAUAAAUAUGCUUUGGAAUAUGAAAAACGAUUUAAUAAAUAUACAUUCCAACCAGGUGAACUAUUACAGUUAGGUAAAGAAACUAUGUAUGAUGUUGGGAAAAAACUGAGAGAAAGAUAUAAUGAAUAUUUGGGUGAUCACUCUCUUACAAAAUAUCUCGUUAAAUCCUCUGGAGUGAAAAAUAAAUUUUCAAAAAGAACUUUGGAGAGCGCUCUCAUUUUGCAAGAAGGAUUGAGGAAAUCUGAACAGAAAUAUGUUCUAAAUCGAAAUUGGACUGAAAGACAAUGGUCGACUGUUGAAGAUCCAAAUUACACUGACAGAGCUAGUUACUAUUAUUACAAUUGCGAUAAAUAUUUGGAAGAACAAAACAAAAUACUACAACGAGAACUAAGAGAAAAGAACUACAACCAAACAAGUUGA